AAAAGAAAAGAGAGCUAUGCUAAGCAUAAGCAGGACACACACACCCUGAACCCUAUCACCUGUUAUCUUCCUUUACCCCAGUUAGUAGCACUAGCUCACAAGUCAGACUACUACAAAACUGGAACUGGGAGCCUCUGCGAAAGCUAGUUAGCACCGAAUGGAGCAAAACCUAGGGACUAAUUAAGUUAAUUAAAAUAGAAUAUCGAUUCAGAAGGAUGAAAGAGAGAUGGACAAGUGUGGAAAGGUAUGAUUCCUUUCCAAUCCCAUCACAUCCCUAGGCUGCAUGCAUGGAUGAUGCUGAUGGCCCUCCCUAAUGAAACCCCCCAAACCUACCUUAAUGCCACUGUUCACCAUUCAUUACAGGGAAUAAUUGUCCCCUUCCAUCGCCAUCUUCCUCCCUCCAUAUAUUAAUCCCUGAUUCCCCUCACCUUGGACAGCAACACCUUCUUCCCUUUCUCUCUCUCUGUAGACACUACUGCUCUCUUUUGCUGUGUUUCCUAGGGAUUCACAGGCAAAGGCCAUUAAGGCAAAGCAAGAAGGGAGAAGAAAGAAACCUGAGGUGAAGAAGCAGAGAAGGGGGGGAAAUGGAGCUGGAUGAGCAGGCAUUCUUGGAGGAGCUCUUCUCCCUGAGGAGGGACGCCGCCUGGGAGUGCAAUGCCAUGCCCAUGGGGGACUUCUUCUCCCCGGGCUGCGGCGCCGCCGCCAUGGACUGCUUCCAGGAGCGGCACCAGCCCACCGUCAGCGUGCUCCCGACCUUCACGGCUUCCUACGACCACCCGCAUCCGCCGCCGCCACCGCAGCAGCAGCCGGGGUUCGACUACCUCAGCGAGGUCUACGGCAGCAGCGGCGUCGUCCCCUUCAGCUCCGGCGGCGGCGAGUACGGCGGCGACAUGGGGUUUCUUGAUGUUAUGGAGCCCAAGGUGGCAGCGCCCAUGGCGGCGGAGGUCGUCGGCGCCUGCAAGGUGGAGCCCGGGCUGGCGGACGGCGGCGCGUUCAGCGCAGGCCCGCCGGCGCCGGCGUCGAGGAAGAAGAGGGUGGAAGGCAUGCCUUCCAAGAACCUCAUGGCCGAGCGCCGCCGCCGCAAGCGCCUCAACGACCGCCUCUCCAUGCUCCGCUCCGUGGUUCCCAAGAUCAGCAAGAUGGACAGGACGUCGAUCCUGGGGGACACGAUCGACUACAUGAAGGAGCUGCUGGAGAGGAUCCGGCAGCUGCAGGAGGAGAUGGAGCAGGAGGGAGCACCGGAGACGGCGCCGGCGCCGGCGCUGCUGAGCGUGUUCCGGCGGGAGCAGAACCCCAACGAGAUGCUGGCGAGGAACACCCCAAAGUUCGAGGUGGAGCGGAAGGAGAAAGACGACACCAGGGUCGAGAUCUACUGCGCCGCCAAGCCUGGACUGCUGCUGUCCACUGUGAGCACGCUGGACACCCUCGGCCUCGACAUCCAGCAGUGCGUCGUCAGCUGCUUCAACGACUUCGCCAUGCACGCCUCCUGCUCCGAGAUGCAGAGGGAGAUGAUCACCACGGAGGUGAUAAAGCAGGAGCUGUACAAGAACGCCGGCUAUGGAGGCGGCUGCUUGUAGAGACGAAGAAGAAGCAGCAGUUCGAUGAGCUUCAGCAGGAACCGUGAUAAAUAAAAAAGCAGCAGCAUCAGUAGUGUUAGUAGCAGCAGCAGCAGCAGCAGUGUUAGCAGUAGCAAGCAGCAGUAGUGGAAAAGGGCUUGUUGGGCAGAUAGAUUUGGGAGGCCUUUCUGGCAAAUCAUCAUAACGGAUGUUGCUGUUUAAACAAAAGCUCUCCGGUGCCUUUCUAAUGAAUCAUGACUGAUGAUCCCCUCGCACUUUUUUCUCC